UCUCCUGACCCGCCGCAGUGCAGCGCACCGCACCGCGGGAAGAUGGCGUUGGAGGUCGGCGAUAUGGAAGAUGGGCAGCUCUCCGACUCGGAUUCCGACAUGACGGUCGCACCCAGCGACAGGCCGCUGCAAUUGCCGAAAGUGCUAGGUGGUGACAGUGCUAUGAGGGCCUUCCAGAACACGGCAACUACAUGUGCACCAGUAUCACAUUAUCGAGCUGUUGAAAGUGUGGAUUCAAGUGAAGAGAGUUUUUCUGAUUCAGAUGAUGAUAGCUGUCUUUGGAAACGCAAACGACAGAAAUGUUUUAACCCUCCUCCCAAACCAGAGCCUUUUCAGUUUGGCCAGAGCAGUCAGAAACCACCUGUUGCUGGAGGAAAGAAGAUUAACAACAUAUGGGGUGCUGUGCUGCAGGAACAGAAUCAAGAUGCAGUGGCCACUGAACUUGGUAUCUUGGGAAUGGAGGGCACUAUUGACAGAAGCAGACAAUCCGAGACCUACAAUUAUUUGCUUGCUAAGAAACUUCGGAGGGAAUCUCAAGAGCAUACAAAAGAUCUAGACAAGGAACUAGAUGAAUAUAUGCACGGUGGCAAAAAAAUAGGAUCAAAGGAAGAGGAAAAUGGGCAAGGUCAUCUCAAAAGGAAACGACCUGUCAAAGACAGGCUAGGGAACAGACCAGAAAUGAACUAUAAAGGUCGAUACGAGAUCACAGCGGAAGAUUCUCAAGAGAAAGUGGCUGAUGAAAUUUCAUUCAGGUUACAGGAACCAAAGAAAGACCUGAUAGCCCGAGUAGUGAGGAUUAUUGGUAACAAAAAGGCAAUUGAACUUCUGAUGGAAACCGCUGAAGUUGAGCAAAAUGGUGGUCUCUUUAUAAUGAAUGGUAGUCGAAGAAGAACACCAGGUGGAGUUUUUCUGAAUCUCUUGAAAAACACUCCUAGUAUCAGCGAGGAACAGAUUAAGGACAUUUUCUACAUUGAAAACCAAAAGGAAUAUGAAAAUAAAAAAGCUGCUAGGAAGAGGAGAACACAGGUGUUGGGAAAAAAGAUGAAACAAGCUAUUAAAAGUCUAAAUUUUCAAGAAGAUGAUGAUACAUCACGAGAAACUUUUGCAAGUGACACAAACGAGGCCUUGGCCUCUCUUGAUGAGUCACAGGAAGGACAUGCAGAAGCCAAGUUGGAUGCAGAGGAAGCCAUUGAAGUUGAUCAUUCUCAUGAUUUGGACAUCUUUUAAGUACAUAUUCAACAGUUUGAGGAGUCAGCCUUUCUAAAAUAACAUUUUAGUAAACCAUUUUUACUGAGAUUGCAACGUUUUGCACUGAUAAACAUGAGAAUCUGGAGGAAAGAAUUGUUUUCUUGUUUAAAAUAUGUGCGGAAAGGAAUGCAAUUGAUAGAACAUUUAAAGAUAUCUCAUGUCUGACAAAAUACUUAAGAAUAUAUAGCACAGGAUUUAAUUUCUCAAUCUGUUGCAUGUGCUAAUUAUGAGUAUUACUAGUUGAUAAUCAGUUUUGUCUAGGUCAUAACAUACUAUUCGAAAGUUUGUUUGCUUUUUCAAGUUUAUCUUUGUAGUGAAUUAUGCUUUGGCUUUAAAACAUUCCACUAAAAUCAUAAUGGGACAUAUAAAUUAUUACGCUGUUAGAAAUGCA